AUGUCACUAGGGAGCGAGAGAGAUAACACGGACCCGUGCUUCCCGAAUCCUUGUGGGGCGCACGCGAAGUGUCGGGCUAACGCCGGCCAUCCCGUGUGCUCGUGCAUCUACUACGGGAACCCCGAGACGGGCUGCAUGGAGGGUGAAUGCGUCGAGACUCACGACUGCAGCGAGGAUCGAGUGUGCAAGGAUUUCCACUGCACGGAUCCGUGUCCGGGGACGUGCGGGAGAGGUGCCCAAUGCAUCGUCCGGAGACACGUCCCCGCCUGCACCUGCCCCGCGUGUCACACCGGCGAUCACUUCGAACGUUGUCGACGACUCGGCCCCGGUAACGUUUCCCCGCAUGCGUCCGUUUCCUGUCUCACGGGCGUUCGCGAGACCGAUUUCGUUCGUGUAUCUUCAGAGGAGAUGUGCGAUCCGUCGCCGUGCGGGAGGAACUCCAAGUGUGAGGUUGCAUUCCAUCUGGCCAUCUGCUCCUGCCUUCCCCAUUUCUUCGGCAACCCCGUCCAAGGAUGCAGAGCGGAGUGCGAGUCGGAUUCCGCCUGCUUACUGACCCAAGAGUGUCGGCAGUACAAGUGCAUGGACCCUUGCACGGAUGCCUGCGGGGAGAACGCAGAAUGCCGUGUGGAGAACCACAAGCCCAACUGUUCCUGCCCGAAAGGUUUCACGGGUCAUCCCUUCGGUCACUGCAAGCCCUUAAAUCCAGGUCUCUUCCCCUCUUUUUCCUCUUCCCUCGCCUCUCGUGGAGGGCGAUCGUCGGUCAUGAGUGUGGUAAGGCGUUUCUGCGGUUCUCGCCUCGAGACCGUCACGGGGCAUCCGGGAUGGGGAGAAUCUGCUCCGAGCCGUGCUGUGAUGGACACGGGAUGGAUCGAAUCGAAAGCCUCGUAA